AUGCACAUCGCAAUCCUCGACGCCGACAUCCCCGUUCCCAGUGUCUAUGCUUCCCGCGGCCUCUACAGCACCCAAUUCCGCACUCUCCUUCAAGCCGCUGCCUCCCGCCUCACCACGACAACCACAAACGCAGUCCCGGAGAUAAACACAUCCUCCUACGAUGUCGUCGGCGGUGUCCUCCCUGCAUUGAACCGAUUGCGCACUGCCCCUCUUGCCCAAGAAAAUGGAACCAAGAACGAGUGCGAAGAUGUCAUCGACGGAAUCCUGAUAACAGGCUCCUCGUACUCCGCAUGCGAUAAACACACGAAGCCCUGGAUAGCAGGGCUGGAGAAGUACAUACAAACAGUGUUUGAGAAAUUUCCCGAGGUUAAAAUCUUCGGAUCGUGCUUUGGUCAUCAGAUUAUUGCGCAGGCUUUACUCUCUCCUUCAUUGCUAGAGAAUGAUGGUGCGGGAUUCCACGUCGAGCAGUGUCCGUACGGGUAUGAAGUCGGGAUCGUACCGAUAACGCUGGAUAGCACGUUCAACGAGGCUUUUCCUCAUAUCGCCAAGAAUCUGAAAAAACGGGAGUUCAGAUUACAACUCGUCCACGGAGAUCGCGUCGUUCCUAUCCCCACCAACACACCAACUCCAGACCCCAAGCCUGAACAAAUAACCCUUCCAUCGCCAUGGCUCAACCUCGGGUAUACGUCUAAAUGCCCCGUCCAGGGACUCUACCACCCCGGCCGGGUAUUGACCUUCCAGGGACACUUUGAAUUCGACAGUUUCGUGAACCGGGAGACGUGCAUCGAGUUUGGGAGACGGUUUGGCUGGAAGGAGGAUGAUAUUGAUGGGUUUGUGAAGGGCAUUGAUGUUGCUGUUGCUAGGGAGGGAGGGGAUGGGGAUGAUGAUGAUUCGAGGAUUGCGGCGGAGGGGGUGGUGUUGUUUUUUGCUGGGUUGAGUUAG